CCAGUUGGCUAAGUAAACUUGCCGAAACAUGUCUGCCAAGCGACACCUGAUAGAAACCAUGGCCGCUACCUGCCACUCUGUGGUGUCCCCGACUCUGCAUCAAGCACCAAGAAACGACUGUGGAAAACACACAAACCCCACUAGUGAGCAAAUUAGAAAGCUCGUACUUCGCAUUCCCAAGGAAUCAACCCAGCCUCUUCACCUGUAUCAACUGCGUCACGAGGUGGCCUAUCUCCAGUACCUUGCUCAAAAGGUACCUGAGAUUCCUGCACUGAGGGUUCUUCUCUGGCAUGAUCAAGCUGGCCAGCCUUUUAUAGCUGAGGAGUUUAUUGAGGGACAAGCGCCUGAGCGUUGCGUGGCCACAGCUCCCUGAGGAUCAGAAAAAGUCAGUUAGUUAUUAUUCAAAGUGCUGCUGAUGUAAUUUCCAGACUUGGGGGGACAAGAUUUGAUUUCAUUGGAGGCCUUGACCCGGAUGCCCAUUGUUUUCCGGGUUCCUUUUUCCUUGAUGACCUUCCGCCAAAUUCCACCCUCGUGACUGUCAUAAUAUUGGCCCAUCCGUGAACAGCAAGGAUUAUAUCCUCUCCUGCUACGACCGGGAGAUAUAUUAUGAUACCCAUGCAAACAGGGAUGAAAUUCUACUAGAAGCCUUUGAAAAAUGUCAGAACUGCCAAAUUCAUCAACUUCCUACACCUUGAGAAACAGAACAUCUCAAAAGACACUGAUCUAUUUGAAGCUCUCAAUGCUGAACCCCAGGUCCUAGUACAUGAAGACUUCCAUGCAAAGUACCAUGCUCAUUCGCAAUGGACAUCUUGUGGGAAUUGUGGACUGGGAGUUCUCCGGGUGUCUACCUGCUUAGUGAGUUGUUGGGCAUCAUUCAGAUUGUUCAAGUAUCCCCACUAGGCUAGAAUGGGGUGAUAGAGGAGGAAGAGGGAGGAGCGGGACAGGCAAUAUUGCCAGGAGGUGGAAAAGGUUGUUCAGCAGAGAGGGUGAAUGGAGGAGAGAGAAUGUGUCAAGAUCCUUCUGGGAGAUGGUUGGCCGGCUUCUCAGAUGGUUUGCAUGGUGAUGUUCCCGGAUGAAUGAUGAUGGUCAUGCGGGGGGAGGGAUGAAUGGGGUGAAGAAUGGGAUUGUGUUCUAAGGAAUCUCGUGAUAGACAUGCGUAUGCAUUGGGAAUCUGCUGGCUGAAGGAAUGCACCAACUACUAUCUAUAUUUCCCUACAUUUAUCUUCUGUGUUGCGCUGCUUCUCUAAUUUUGCUGCGAAUCCUCCGUCGUCGCGGGCUGGACUGGUCAGAAACCAUUUUGUCUGUAUUGCUUUGCUUGAAACGAACUACCUACCUAAUACAAGCCUACAUGUACCAAAUUGUCCAAAAUCUCAAGCGCAUAAGAGGUUCGAUGAAUAUGUCUGAAUUUCUUUCAAUCUUAGUUUUGUAUAGUUUUCAAUAAUUGGCCCAAUUGGUAACAAUGCUAAAUAUUUUACUCGAA